CACUUGACGCCCUCCGCCACACCGGAGGACAUUACCUGCCUGGUGCCCACCGGUGCGGUUCUCACGCCUAGGGACCCAUUGCCGCCCAGCACUACCCCCGGAAGUCAGGCGAACAGCUCGCAAUCCGGCAGUUCGCAGACCGACAAAUCGCCCAACAUCGAGUGCGUCGUCUGCGGGGACAAGAGCAGCGGUAAACAUUACGGCCAGUUCACCUGCGAAGGAUGCAAAAGCUUCUUCAAGAGAAGCGUGAGGAGAAACCUAACUUACUCGUGUCGAGGGAAUAGGAACUGUCCCAUCGACCAACACCAUAGGAAUCAGUGCCAGUUUUGUCGAUUGAAAAAGUGCCUGAAGAUGGGCAUGCGUCGGGAAGCGGUGCAGAGAGGUCGAGUGCCACCGUCGCAACCGUCGCUACCAGGUCUACCCGGACAGUUUGCCCUGACGAACGGCGACGCGGUCGCGUGCGCCAGCCUGAACGGCCACUCUUACCUUUCCUCGUACAUCAGUUUGCUGCUGAGGGCGGAACCGUAUCCGACCUCGAGAUACGGCCAGUGCAUGCAACCGAACAACAUCAUGGGAAUCGACAACAUCUGCGAGCUCGCGGCGAGAUUGCUGUUCUCGGCCGUCGAGUGGGCCAGAAACAUCCCGUUCUUCCCGGACCUUCAAGUGACGGACCAGGUUGCCCUGCUCAGGCUAGUUUGGAGCGAGUUGUUCGUGCUAAACGCGAGCCAGUGCUCGAUGCCCCUCCACGUGGCGCCGUUGUUGGCGGCAGCCGGUCUUCACGCUUCGCCCAUGGCAGCGGACCGGGUCGUCGCUUUCAUGGACCACAUCAGGAUCUUUCAGGAACAGGUGGAAAAACUGAAAGCGCUACACGUCGAUUCCGCCGAGUACAGUUGCUUGAAGGCCAUCGUCCUCUUCACCACGGACGCGUGCGGAUUAUCGGACGUGGCGCACAUCGAAUCGCUUCAGGAAAAGUCGCAGUGCGCUCUGGAAGAAUACUGCAGGACGCAGUACCCGAAUCAACCGACCAGGUUCGGCAAGUUGUUGCUACGGUUACCGUCGCUGAGGACAGUAUCGUCGCAAGUGAUCGAACAGCUGUUCUUCGUCCGGCUCGUCGGAAAAACGCCGAUCGAGACGCUGAUCAGGGACAUGCUGUUGAGCGGUAGCAGCUUCAACUGGCCGUACAUGUCCACGAUGUGACAUUCUGUCUGGCGACAGCUAGCUUCCGCCUAAUACUGUCGCUCGCUUCCCGUCUCGUCCAACGAUCGCGCGACGCUCCAGUCGGAUUCACCGAUCGUCCACACCGGCGACCAGUUUCCCUCUACGCCUCACGGUUUCUAGCCCACGGAAGCUGCCGAUACCGAGCGCGACACCGACGAUGCUCCCGAUCUUCGAGAACGCGUUCGUUCAAAACGGAGAAACAACGGAGAGAUCGACGAAGGAAGAAAGUGGGCGGAGAAGAGGAAACGAGCGGGUGCACGCGCGUUACGAGGGAAGCCAGCUCGAAAGAAAGGAAGGGCGGAGAGAACGAUAGACGCGAUAAAGACGUUACUCGACCGAAGAAUCGAAGGCGCCGACUGAUUCUUCGACCUGGACGGUCAGCGAUCGUUCGAAGUUGUUUCGUGACCGCGGUGCGGCGUCCAACGAAUCGAUGGGAAUAGAUAAACGAACGACCUUCAAACUCUUAACGUCGAAGCGCGAUUCGGUAACGUUUCGGCGAACAAACGAGAAUACCUGAUUAGCGGUGUAGCGUGGCGCGAAGAAAUCAUAAAUUAGCAUUUGUAAUCGACGGCGGGGAUCUGGUAGAUCCUCGGUCGGUAUCUCGCAUCGAUCUUCGCGUCGAGUAAUUGCCGUUAGUCCAGUCAUGCCGAAGCCCUUAGUCAUUCGUUUCGACGUUUCGUUCUCCGCGUUCGCGUUAGCGUUCGCGUUCGUUGCCUCGUUCCCAGCAACCUCCCACGUUUUCUCCUCGCUCGUUUUUUACGUCCCGCGAAAAACGCCUCGCUGUCGAUCGCCGCGACGCUCGGCUUCUGUCCGCGACGUCCACUCGCGGACACCGUAAAAUCCGAUCUUUCGUCGAACGUUCGAACUUUUUCUCCUUUCUUUCUUUCUCUCUUAUUGCGCGUACCGUUGCCGUGCCGUUCGCGACUAACGCUUUUCGCGUUCAUUGAAUUUACGCUUCGCGUUGCGUCCAAGUCGUCCGGUCGUUAACGUUUUCGGUGAAAUUUUCGAUUUCGCGGAACGAGGAAACGACGGCAACGCGCUUUUCGACGAGUCUUGCGAGAAGAAAAGGGGACGUCGAUUUCCGUGAGCGUAACCGCGCCUCGAAACUGUACGGGAACGCCGAGAAACGUGAAGCGGAACGUAACGGUCACGAGAAUAUUAUUUAUCGUUCGUUCGAACGCGCGCGGAGAAGAAAGAACAGCGUAAAAAUGAAAUCGAAUCGAUCACUUUCGCGCGUCGCUUCCGGAUUCUAAGGACGCUGGUUGUCGGUCGCGCGCGAGAUCGACGCGUCCCUGUGCCCCUACUAUCCAAUUUUCGUUCGCGAACACGAAUCUAGAAUUAGAUCGCUUAGCGCGACUUCGAAGAGCGUCGAUUCGCGUUGUCUCGCGAUAUCUUCUCCCCUCCUGUCUCGCUCUUUCGAGCCCGUUAACCGCGCGUUCGGGACGUUUCAGCGGUGCGCUCGUUCAAUUUGCGGACGAGAACGAGAACUAACGAGAAAAAGAUGCGAGCUCGGUCGGUGGCUAAACGAGCGCGCGCGGACAAAUAUAUUUUUCUUCCGAAUGCGUUCGACGCGAAUGAUCGUUUGGUUUCCGACUAGCCUUGGAGUCGGUGAAACGGCAAGCGCGAAAAAGGAAAUCUGCGAGGAGAAGAUCGCGAGAAAAUUCGUCGAACGCAAUGUGAUAUAUACGUGUACGUGAAAAUUUAGAAUUCGAAUCUUUUUUCGAGAGACGGUGCUUCUUUUUUAACGACUCUAUAAAUAGUCUAUGAUACCUGAGUGCGGCGCGUUGUACAGGGUGCGUACGAGCUGUACCAAACGAUGUACGGAUCGUUCGAACGAAACCAGACAUUUCGAACGUAUCGCGUUACGUUAAAUGUGGCAAUGUCGAGCUAGUUACUUAGAAAAUCAUUUAGGGGUAUAUGGGAUAUUUCUAAUAUUUUUAAGCCGCGAUCGUUCGUUGAAAGCGGCGCGCGAGAAGCACGCUCUCGUACACGGAGAACGAAAUCGUCUCGAUCGGAAGACUCUGCGAAACGAACGCGAUUCGGACUCGAACGAACAACCGACGCGAGUAACGGAUCGAAUCGUAUCGAAGAAACGAGAUCGAGACGCGUGCGAACGCUCGUCGAAUCGAACAAUUGUAUUAUAUGUAUACCGACGCGCGACCAUUGGAUGUACGUAGGCCGAAAAGACAUCUAUAUAGAGUUAUGUAUAAAGACGCGAGAACCUUUUUGUAUAAAACGUGUACAUAAUUAAUAUAUGCAAAUAUAAAUACGAUUACAAAUA